CAAGGGCCUGAGGGCAGAGAAACACAGGGCCAGGCUCUCCUUGUGCAAGUUCCCGCGGGAGGGAGGCUUCUAGGGCAUCUCAUGGGCUGGGGCAGACUGGGACCGAGCCAGCCCUGGGUGUUGGGGAUAAGAAGAGGUGGCAGAGAAUCUGGGAGUGCUUAAGGAGCCCCGCAGUGGGGAGUGUGGGUGGUGGGGUGGGAUGCUGUCUCUUUGAGGAGUUUGCGGUGAUGUUGGGGUAAUGAGACCUCCACACGGGGAAGUAAUAACAGGACAGCAGGGGGAUAAAUUAGGAGGGGCUGGUGUGGUCCGGGAGGGCUGCUCAGAGGAGGGGGAGACUGCGGGGCCUGAAGCCUGAUGGAGGUUAGGAUGGGUCUGGGAACAGUCUCUGAGAAACACAGAGGGCAGAGGUGAGCCGGGGGUUUGGCCUGGAACUCUGCUGUGAGUCACACCCUUGUUCUGUGACAGUAAGGAUGGCCAGGCCUCUGGAGCAGGCGGUAGCUGCCAUCGUGUGCACCUUCCAGGAAUAUGCAGGGCGCUGUGGGGACAAAUACAAGCUCUGCCAGGCGGAGCUCAAGGAGCUGCUGCAAAAGGAGUUGGCCACCUGGACCCCGACUGAGUUUCGGGAGUGUGACUACAACAAAUUCAUGAGUGUUCUGGACACCAACAAGGACUGCGAGGUGGACUUUGUGGAGUAUGUGCGCUCACUUGCCUGCAUCUGUCUCUACUGCCACGAGUACUUCAAGGACUGCCCCUCAGAUCCCCCCUGCUCCCAGUAGCCUCUGCUCCAGGGGGUGCGCCAGCUGUUGGGGGCUGGGCAUGUCUCCCACACUCCCUCCUACCCUCUCUCCUGUACCCCUUUCAAUCUGGACUUGCCCAGGUCUUCUGUGAUCAGUUAACCCAUUUUACCUAGGAGGCCCAGAGAUGUGUGGGCUCCUUUCCCAGGAUGCCCAGCAAGUGAGGGGUAGAGCCACUCUGGGCCCCAGCCUGCCUGCUGCACCCCUGCGGCCUCCCUUGUGGAUGGGAGGAGGCGGGAUCUGCUGUGAGGCCCUCGAGGCUCAGCAGAGCGUGCACCAAUGAGACCACGAUGGGAAAGGGCCUAUUUAACUCCUAAUAAAAAACUGGCAUCAGC